UGUUCGGUCGGUUCGGUUUCGCGGGACUACGUAGAACGUGGAAAGCAGUGUAAUAGCGCGCGCCUUCCACACUCACACUGUAGCCGGGGGUGCUCCGGAGUGAUUAGGCAACGGUUGCUUUGAUAAUUUCCAGUGAUUAUUGACGGGAGACUGUGUUUUUAUUUUUAAUAUUAUUAUCGCUGUUUUCUCAACCAAAAACAGAAAUAACCAAAGGAUUAAGUGAUUACUGUAGUGUUUAGUUGAUGUAAAACUGACAAAAGCAAGAGUUUUGGGUCGCAGUACUUGAAUUGUAAUCCAAUUAGUGUUUGGCAAAGAAAUCAUAAAAAGCAAGUAAAACAAUUCAUAACAUGCUUCGCUGUGAGUUUGAGUUACGUAUUUGAAUUAUCGUAUUCGACUGUGAACACGGGGAAAGGGUGGCCAAUGUUUGUAGUAUAAAAGCAGUAAAUAGUAUCCAGUGUUGCACAAGUUGUGAAGCAAAUGUUCCCAAAGGCGGACAAAAAAGUUGUCCAGAAAUAAAAUUAAUUAGUGCUGUAUCCCUCUUGCGAGCGUUCCGCGUCGGGCGGCCAACAACCCGGAACAACCAAAAGGAUUAAAGGAUGGCAAACCUAAGGAUUACCGUAACCCGAAUGCAUUUUGGAUUAAAUUUCAUCUUUCUCAUUAUCGUUUCCUCCAUCUACGGCAACAAAACGCUGGACAGUGGGAACGGCAGCAGUAUAACCGGUUCCAGCGAAUCACCGGCAAACGGACAUCAUACUCCGCCGAGUUCGGUUCUAUCGCUGAUACCGGACGAAGAGAUGGCCCAUUUCGUGAAUCAGUCCCGUAUGGUUAGCUGCAAGUUCUCCAAUCCGGACGUCAAGCUCAAGUGGCGCAAUCCGAAGAACGCCAUCGUCGCCGAUACUAAAGGCCGGGUGCACAUCGAAGAACUCGGCGGAUCGCUGACUCUCAUCUUCGAAUCCAUUGUCCGGUCCGAUCAGGGCAACUGGACCUGCGAAGCGACGGACGACGGCAGCGGGAAGGUGCGGAAAAAGUCCUUCAAAAUGAUAGUUAAUGAGCCAAUCUCGUUUCGGGACACACGAACAGUUCAAACGGCAGUGGAAGAUAAGGAUGCCACCAUCCGGUGUGAGGUGCGAGGACAUCCGGAACCAUCGGUGUCAUGGUAUUUCAAUGGACAGCCAUUGUUCCCUCCCAACGGAAAGUACACGAUGUUAGCGGACGGGUUGCUAAUUAAGCGAGUCUCAAAGAAUGACAGUGGCGAGUACACGUGCAAGGCGUUUCAGGUUUCAGCAGCCGGAAGCAGUUUCCAGGAGAAAACCAUUCGGCUCAACAUCAAACACAAACCUUACUUCCCAAAACGCGGCUACGGUGCGGUCAAUGUGACUUACGGCUACGUGGGUGGAGCGGUUAAUUUGACCUGCGAGGCAGCGGCCGUUCCUCCGGCCAAUUUCACCUGGUCAGCAAACAACAAGAAAUUUUCUCAUAAAAACCAUCCCAUCUACAGUGGGCAGCACGUUUCGCUAUUGCAGAUAAUGAUUAAAAACAGCUCCGCUUUUGGUAAGUACAAAUGUGAAGCGAAAAACGAGUUGGGUACGAUCUCGAGGGAAAUCCUGCUCAAGGAAGGUACCAAACCGGAUCCACCUAGCAGGUUUCAAUUGCGCGGUGUCAACUCGGACACGCUGGACAUCGACGUCGGUGCCAAGAAGUCGCACGACGUAGAUCCGGACCAUUCCACCAUCAUCGGUUACCGUUUCGAGCUGAUCCCGACGGAGGAGUACGCGAAGCAUCACAGCUGGGACCGCGCCAAUCGACGUGACUUCGAUGUCGAGGACGGAGUCACGUAUCUGCUAGUGCAUCUGAUACCGGAUACCAAGUAUCUGAUCCGGGUAGCAGCACGGAACGCUGCCGGUCUCAGUGAGUGGACCGAGGUGAAAGAGUUCUCCACUCAUCCGCUGCAGCCUCACGGAUUCAAUUCUGGCACCAGCCGCCGCAGUGGUCUGGCAACUGCCGCACUGUUCUUCCGGUUUUUGCUCCCGCUGCUGCUGGCGGCCCCUGCCGGUUCCGGUCUGUACUCAAUAGCAACGACAUCGAUGUUUUAACCACACUCGCGAAUUGGGAAUUGGUUUUGGUCGGAAGGAACACGGGGGGAGGGGGAGGUUAGUAACCGAUAAAAAUAAAAGUUCAAUCAAAAGACAACCCGAAACGAGUAAAACAGCAUCACGCCUCAGCGGACCGUGGGAAUCUGAGGGCACUUGAUUCAUAUACAUAUAGAACCCAUGAUUCCUCCCGUUCCGUUCUUCUCGUGUUUCCAACCAGCACUUCUAAAACCACACCUCGUAGGUAGGACUUUGUGCCAGAGGCAAAGAGAUUUUUUUUCCAUUCGUAUCAGCCAUUUGACAUUGGUCACCGAUGACCAAUCAUUGGAUUGGGAAAAGAAAGAAAGAGAAAACAAACGCAAACUAAUUCAACACAUUUUUUUUCUGGUCGUAAAACAAAUCGAAUGAGAGAAUGGAAAUAAUAACAAUAUUGAAAAGAUGAUGGUCUUGCAGUAGGAAAUAGUGAAAAAAAACCGUUAGUAGAUAAGACGAAUUGUUUUGAGUUGCGAAAAUGAGUAGGGGGCGGCAAUGCGAGGUAAGCAAACAGAUUUAUCUAUAAUUAAUUGAGUAUAUCAAUUGUUGAUAGUUAGUGUAAUGCGAUCUGCGGAAAACGCCCCAAAAGUGUACGUGAUUUAAAUACUAGUCCCUGCUUGACAUUUACCUGCACAUCAAACUGUUCUCGGCGCAUCGGUUUAUCCCAGAACGGGAAAUCAAUCGUUUUACGGUAAUCGAAUCUUCUAUUGGAUCUCACUUAGAAAAAGUUGGACACUUUCGUUAUUUAACGAAGCAUAUCUACUCACUUUUAUCUUACUUUAUUAACGCAUAUCCUGUCAUUAUUACAGUCAAACAUCCGUUUACGAACACUUUUGUCGUGAAUACGACUUACUUUACUAUGGGGUGCCUUUUCAAAAUUAGCCAUAUGGAAGAAUGGGCAGAACUUAAUCGUGAAUAUCUCGACUUGUAUUAAUGGUAGCAAUAUAAUUCUUUCACCAUUUCAUCAAAAAUAUGAUCAGGAAUUUAGGAUAAUAUUUUGAACAGUGUGAGAUAACCACAAACAACUCAAAAAUUAAGUUUUCCCAAAAUUUCAAAAUAAUGCGGAAAACUCUUUACUUUCGCUUGGAUUUUUCGCGCAAGGACGACGAUUUUGAGGUAGUCAGGCACAUAUCUUCAACUGAAUGCGUAUAAAAGGGGAACCGUGGUCGAAAAUCGAUUAUUUCUUUUCGUGCGUUCGGUGGAAGCAGACGUCGCGAGAGUUAAAACCUCAAACGCUCAGGUAGCAACUUAACGCUCAGGUCGCAACUCUCAUUCGCUUGCUGGCCUUCAAGGCGAGCAGACUGCCAUCGCGGGAGUUAAACCAUCAGCGACGGAGAGAGCACCUGCCAUCAUUUGGUUUUCGGUAGUCAUAACGAGAAGUUCAAUUUUCAGAUUGUAGUUCCGCAAUAUAGGUUUAGAAUUCAGAGCCUGCGUGCUGAAACUGGAUUCUGGAACUGUAUUCCGGAACUAAUUUGAGUUUCGAAAUUGCAAUUCUAGAAUUGAAACUGGAUUCUGAGUCUGUUAUUGGUUCUAAAUUUAGUUCUUGAACUCAGGAUCCAGUUAUUUAUUCCAGACUUCUUCUAUUCGGUUCUUUUUAGAACCAUAAUAAUACUCCUAAAGAAUUAUGCGGAAAUUUACUUUACUGUACUCUAUAAAACCCAUUCUGGUAGUCAUGGCGAAAAAUCAUCUUCAUGUUUUAGAGCUUAGUUCUGGAAUAUGGGUUUAGAAUUCAGAGUCUGCGUGCUGAACUAACUCAAAUCGUCACCAUUUUUUUUUAUUAUAAAGAACUAUACUGCUUAUUUCAUAGUAUUUAAGUGCGUUUCAGAAUGUUUAAUGUAACUAAUCUGUAAUUUAGUCUAGGCGCAUCGUUUAAAUUUCUAGUAAUGAAAGAGGGGAAAGUUGCACAAUUCAAACAAUCGAUGAACUACCAAUUCGAAUUCGGAAGCAUAAAUAAAGCGUGUCAUAUUCGUAUUCACGACAUCCAGUUAUGUCUCUGACAUUACACACCCGUACUUUUUUUACAUGAACUAUUUUUACGUAACUCUUUUUACAAAUCAAAUUCCGUAAACGUAAACUUUAUUUUUGAACCUACUUCGAAAAAAGAGGUUUUUUUGCAUACAAUGAAAAAGGUUUCCAGCUCAUUUAUAUUCCUUGGAAACUACUACAAUAUGCGAACUUUUGGAACGGAUGUAAAGAGUACAUUCCGGAAAAUGCUGUUUGAAAUAUUUUGGAAUUCCAAGAUGGCGACUUCCGGUUUAUUGAUAUUCCUGAAAAGCUCUUAAAAUAUGGGUAUUUUCGGAACGGGUUUGAUAUUUCGAUACCGAAAAAUUAUGUUUAAACGCGUUUCAAAACUUAAUAUGGUGAGCUUGGGUACAUCGAUUUACCAUGAAAUUAUGUUAUUAUGUAAUUAUGAUUUACCAUGAAAACCAUUACGAUAGGAUUACAUUCCAUUUGAAAAGUAGAUGUGUUUCAAAAGACAAUUCUUGCAAUCUAGACGAUGGUUUUAUGAAAUUAUUUCGUACUACUAAUUUUGUUUUGCAAGAAUUGCUGCUUAUAUUUCCGAUGACAUGGAGGGAAAAUUACGCUGUUACGUUGGAUACAACCGGAGAUAUUCACGAUCAAAAUCUUAUCAUUCCAUAGUAAAUUGAAUCCCAUAGUAAAUUAAAAAGUAUUCACGUCAAAAUAUUCAUUUUCCAGAAUCCGAUUCCAUGGAGCUGGAAACUCCCUGGUACAAACUCGGUUAGCACAUUUGAAAAAUCAAACUAAAACAUUUCGCGAUAGUCUGCACUUGGUGAACGACCACAACUAGGUAAAAAUGGGAGCGGAUCAUUUCGCCGGAAGGGUUAUUUAGCGUAAACGGUAAUUUCGUUUACAUCACAUAAUGAAUUAGAAAACUGCAAACUGUGGUUAUUCGUCAAAACUAACUAUUUGUGUUUAUGUCUUCUGGAUAAUUGCUGUGGCGCAGCCGCAUAACUGACACCAAGACGGCUCGGCGGCACUAAGCCGCCUUGGCGACGACAGCUGAGUUCGCCGCCCACCCGCCAUCGGAAGCGGCGGCCUCUGGCAUACAAACCUGUAACCGCCUCGUUUGCCCGGUCUAUUCGAAACAAAGGUUUCUUUAUUUCAGUUAGAUCCGAACAAGCGGUAGCGAGAAUGGAUAGCACACGAGCAAAACAAUGUGGCGGAGCCGCAUCAGAUAUUUUUGCCUUUCUCAUAUAGAAAGGUUAUGCAAUCACUUGAAAAACCGACUAGUGAAAAUUGGCCCGGAGGGCCAAGUGUCAUAUACCAUUCGACUCAGUUCGUCGAGCUGAGCAAUGUCUGUGUGUGUGUGUGUGUAUGUGUCAAAUAAUCUCACUAGGUUUUCUCGGAGAUGGCUGAACCGAUUUUGACAAACUUAGAUUCAAAUGAAAGGUCUCGUGGUCCCAUACGGAAUUCCUGAAUUUCAUCCGGAUCCGACUUCCGGUUCCGGAGUUAUAGGGUAAAGUUUGUUCAAUAUUGUACACCGUCACUUAAACCGGCGAAACAAAACACGUAAAAAAUUUCCUAAACUGGUCGCAAAACUACACAAAUCGAUAGUCAUUAUCAGUAGGCAACUAAACAAACCGAUUGCGGCUAUCCUGGUUCCCGGUAUCCGGUUCCGGAAGUACAAAUAGAAUACCACAAUAUUAUAUGUACAUGAGAAAGGCAUCAUUACACCACUAGGUGGAUUAAAACAGGUUUUUUCAUUUGCACUCAGUUAUUGGGAAAUACCGCAAACCCUGGUAGAUACUUUAAUAAUGUCAACAAAUUUUCUUGGGAAUUCCGUUCUGAUGUCUUUGACAUAAAAAUAAAAUUAAAAAGAAAAUAAAAACGUAUUCAAUCCACCUAGCAGUGAUCAUUUUUAUCAAUCCGCAUGUGUUUUUUGCAUGAAUAUUCUUCGGUGUUUUAGUUCUCAUGACAUUAUUUUGAUCGUUUAAAGCGGCAAUUUGAGAUUUCAAUCACUCAUUACUCUAUAAUGUCGGAACUGCAAAUCGUAUCGACUUUGAAUCUAAAAGUGUGACAAUCGAUCAAACAUUCCAUGAUAUGUCUAAGUAAGUUCCACUUUAGAGUUUACGGUUAUUCAAGGUACACUGAGGUCUUUUUUUUAUGCGGUUUUUUAUGCGAAUUUUCAGAGUUAUGCUUUUUUAUGCGGUACGUAAAUUCGCAUAAAAAAAGACUCCAGUGUACUUCCAAAGCCGGUAUUCAGGAACCAGCAUAACCCAAACCGUAUGGCCAUAUGACGAAUAAAUUUCAAUAAUUUUGAGUCUAAUUUUCAAGCUUUUUGGGAUUGUCAUCUUCUAUAUUGGUUUGAAUUUUAAAAACUCAUCACCUUGUAAUUCCGGAUUAGGAAGUCAGAAUUGGAUAAAAUUAAUUAAUUUUGUCUUUUUUUAGGAAACGAUUGAGCUUUGAGGAACGAUUUGAUAUUGGAACCGGAAUUCUAAAAUCGGUCUAGCCGAAGUUAGUUAAAUCCACCUCAGGAGCUGUAUUGUUUACAUUUGAUUCCAACUGUUUGAAAAUCAGUGUAGACAUCUUUGAGAAAUCAUAGUGCGAAUUAAAUCCGAAUCGAAAACUGAAUACCACUAAAACUGAAAUAAGUUUGUUUGGUUAUCGACUAUCCAAAUCUGCAAACCCGAUAAACCUGAUUAUUUUUAUGUGAAAUAGACAUUUUUAUACUAAUCAACCUGUAUCCCCGAAACCGGUCGUUGGAUCUGACUGAAAAGUAAGAUGUGUUAUAGGAUUUUAAGACCUUCUAUUUGAAUCAUAGAUGAUUCUUAGAUUUCGUUUGAAUCUUAGAUCGGUUCAGCUAUCUACGAGAAAAAUGGGUUACAUAAUUUUAAUUUCGUUCCACAUAUCAUCCUGUAGUUCCGCAAUCAGAAGUCGGAUCCUAACGUAAUUCAGUAACCUUGUUUGGGAGUAUACGACUUUUCAUAUGAAUCCAAGUUGGUAGAAAACGGUGGAGCCAUUUCCGAGAAAAUUGAGUGAAAUUAUUUGUCACACACGCAUUUGCUGAUCUCGACGAACUGAUUCGAAUGGUAUAUGGCUGUUAUGUUCUUUCAGCAUUUAUUGCUGUAAGUAGUUUAAAUCAAUAUAAUUAUAGAAUUGCUUUCAACUCGAAAAUUCUGCCAUCAUCUGGUUUUCAUAUGGCAUAUUCGAACGAUUAUGUUGCCAAAAACGAACCGUGCUAAAAUCGGUCCGAGGCAAAAUAUCAUGCUGUACACAGUAUUUAGAAACAAAUGUAUGCGACAGUAUAAAAAAUCUUGUUUUAUGUUGCUUCCAAGCAUUUCUGUGCCAGACAGCGCUCAAAACUUCUACUGCUGGAAUAGGGGAAAAUGUCGCUUACACAGAAAUUCCGAUAUCUCCGUUAAAAAUGGACGUUAAAAUCCAAUCUAUGGCUUGUUGGAUAGCUAUUCGCCCUUAUUCUGAAUAACGUCGUAUCGUUUUUUCCCUCGUAUUUCAUUAGUAUUCCCCAUAACGCUAGCAAAAUCAAAGGUAGCUAGGAUUCGACCGAACCAUAUUCGAUCGAAAAACCAAUACGUCGUUAUUCAGAAUAAGCGAUUGACUCCAAAUAGACGAAAAUGACGAGAAAUUACUGUCACUCUCUGCUUCGCUUGCAAACUAUGAGAACGAAAUCCAUGUCCACUUUCAUUUGCCCUUUCAGUCAUUUGCUGUUUUCAGUGAAAAUUCCAUAGUUAGUAUACAGUGUUGGUAUCCAACACUUUGAGAAUUGAAAAUGACACAACAAGGUUUCACAAUAACUUUUUCCUGUUGGUGCUCGAAUCUGUAGUAGCUUUGGUUUCCAAAGUGGGUCUGGGAUGUAAUUACUUCGAUUUGUCAUAUUCUAGUAACUCUUCAUAGCCAAGCGUCACAGAUUUUCAAUACAUCGAUGAAAGAAUGAGAAUUGAAAUUCUGUUGAUGCUUCCUGAAGACGUUAGUUUGGUUUCGUCUUGUCAUAGAGGAAAGAGUGUCGUUGGCAAUUAUACUCUCUCAUUUUUACGAUGAGAAACAAACAUGAUUCGUCUCUCUUCGUUUGUUCUGGUGUCGGUCAUUUACGAAUGAGACAGUAAAAUAUUGAAAAUGAGGCUGUUGGAUUGGAUUCUGUCAUUGAGAAUGCGUGAUAAUUUUAAGCUCUGGUCGAAAUAACAAAACGUCUGUGUGUAUGUGACAAAUAAUGUCACUCGAAUCUCUCACAAACUUAGAUUCAAAUAGAAGGUCUUAUGGCUCCAGAGUUUACUAUUGAAUUUCAUCUUUAUCCAACUUCCGGUUCCGGAGUUACAUGGUAAUAUGUGCAAAUCUAUGAGAAAAUUCGCACUCAAUUUUUUCUGGAAUUUCACAGACGAUAUUUACAAACUAAGAUUCAAAUAAAAGGUCGAGCAAUUUUUUAAAAAGUCCCCGAAAAGUUGAUCCAGAUCCGAUCUUCGACUUCGGUAUUACAGCGCGGUGAGAGAAAAAUUAUCAUUUUCAUGAUUAUUUUUGUCUUUUUCAUAUAGAAAGGCUAUGCAAUCACUGUGAAAAUCGACUUUUUAACCGAGGCCCGGAGGGCCGAAUGUCAUAUACCAUUCGACUCAGCUCGACGAACUGAGCAAAUGUCUGUGUGUGUGUGUCCGUCCGUGUGUGUGUAUGUAACAAAAAUAUGCACUCACUUUUCUCAGAGAUGGCUGAACCGAUUUUCACAAACUAAGAUUCAAAUGAAAGGUCUCAUGGUCCCAUAGCCUGCUAUUGAAUUUCAUUCCGAUCCGACUUCCGGUUCCGGAGUUAUAUGGUAAUAUGUGAAAAUUUGAGAAAAAGAUUACACUCAAUUAUCUCUGAAACAACUCAACCGAUUUGCGCAAACUAAUAUUCAAAUGAAAGGUCUUAUAAUAUCCUAAAAAUUUGUAAAACAUUUUAUCUGAAUAUGACUUCCGGUUCCAAUUUCAUUAGAAUUUUUACACGAACGAUGGUUAAAAACAGGUACAAAUCCCAUAAAACUGUCUGAUAAGUUCUUCUAGUUUGCAGAGCUUGUUAGUUUGUGCGCAUGAAAACUUAAUUCGGCACUACUGGUCCCCUCUUUUCCUGUUCCGAGAGCACCGAAAGUGGAGAAGAAAAACUCCUUAAACUAAAUUAAUUUCGAUUUCUCUGCGAUGCUUGAACCGAUUUUCACAAACCUUGAUUUGAAUUGAAGUUCAUACUGUCUUUAAAGCUACUGUAAAAUUUCAUCCGGAUCCGACUUCCGGUUCCGCAGUUACAGGGCGAUGAGUGUCAAAGUUUUCAAAUCGCCAUAUAGAGUGACAAUAUGUACAACACCGAAAGAAGAAGAAAACACAACACGAACAAGGCGUGCUUUGUUCUAUUUCGUACACGUUGUGUAGUGAUGUCAAUAAUAAUAGUAAAAAUAAUAAUAAUAAUAAUAAUAAUAAUAAUAAUAAUAAUAAUAAUAAUAAUAAUAAUAAUAAUAAUGCUAUUACAUGUUUUAUGCUGUUUAGCAUGACUUACAUAUGCAGAAGUAACAGAAACGCAGGUUCGUUUCGUUUGUUAGAUUUCGUUUAGUUCGUCUAGCAAACGAGCCAACUUCGGCUAUUCCGUUCAUCUGAAUCCGGUUUCGGAAGAAUUGGAAAUAGUGAUUAAAAAUUGCAAAAAGGAUCUCACUCACUUUUCUUGGAGAUGGCCAAAUCGAUUUUCACAAACUUAUAGGUUCAAAAUUUACGAAUUUCACGGUUAUAUUUAUGAUGUAAUGAGUAAUAUGAGAAAGGCAUCAUCACACCACUAGGUGGAUUAAAACAGGUUUUUUACAUAAACUUUUCUCAGAGAUGGCUGAAUCAAUUUUCCUCAACUUAGAUUCGAAUGAAAGGCCUUGCAGUUCCGUACAAAAAUUCCUGAACAUUGUUUGGAUCCUACUUCCGGUUUCGGAAUUAUGUGGUAAAAUGUACAACAAAAUGGAAAUAUGUGUUUUCUCAGAGAUGGCUAAUGCGAUUUUUACAAACUUCAUUCAAAUAAAUGGUUUGAAAUUAAUUAGUUUGAAAUUUAUAUGACACUUUGCCCUCAAGUCGGUUUUCGUAGUGAUUGCAUAACCUUUCUAUAUGAAAAUGGCAAACAGAUUUUCGUUCGUUAUUAAACAUUUUUGGGAGGCAAAAGAUGGAUUAAUAUUUUAGUGCUAGUCAGAUAAAAUUUUCGUGGACUACCUCGAAAAAGGGAAAAACACCAUCGACAAUAAGUAUAAACGUGCAUUUUAGGGGCGAUUGAAACCCGAAAAAAAUCGAGUUUCAGAGGAUCGCGUGAGGUCCAUUUCGAAGAUCUGACCGCUCCUUCCGGUCAUCAACUAAAACGACCUAGAAAUUGGAAUAGUGUUGAUGCGCGUUACGAAAACGUUUUCUGUUCUUCGUGAGCCCGAAAUAAGGAAGUCAGCUCGGACCACUCCUUCUAAUGCUAUUCGUGUAUGAUCUAUGCAGUGAAUUGUCGUUAUUUGAAGUAGUGUAUGUGUGAAGCCUUGUUGAUUGUGGCGUUCUAAAAAAUGGACAUUGAGAGGGUCUCAUACAUAUAUGAUCAGAACGGAAUCCAGUUUGUUUUUGUUACAACGAAACCCUAUUAAGUUUUAUGACACUUCAAAUGAAGCACUAAAGACUUCAACGAUUUAUAUUUUCUCUGGAAUGUUUACAUUGCGCUUGUACGCAGUAUUCUGGUAUUCUUGAAUACGGAGCCACUAUUGCUCUCAUCAACCAACAUGUUAUGCAAAAUAGAUGAGUAUUACUAAUAACCAGUGUUGGUGAUUACCGAAAAUUUGACAGAAGCUGCUCGAUAUUUCUCUAUAUUGUAUACAACAUUUUCAAUCCGGUAGAAGAUGCUACAAGAACUCGCUGCCUCUCAAUGCAUGAAUCGCGAGAGAAUUUCUCUACAUUUCUUCGCUCCACUUCAUACUAUGAGUAUUUCACUGCCCUUAAAAAAAUUUUCAGUCUGAUAAUGAUCGUUGUUGUUCGGAAUUUCCCAAGAGAGAAUCGCAAGUUGACAAUUAUCGCAAAAAAAAAAUCGAAUCGGUGAUUCAACUUGAUGAUUCUCAUACUGGGUUGCAAUAUUUCAAAACCCUUGUGUGGAGAAUUCACAUACAUUUUCAUAGACACAACUUAUACAAAGGUUAUAUGCACAUAGUUGGAAUAAGCGGCAAUGGUAAAAUGAUUCUAUCGCAAUUAUCAACUGCCAGUAUAGAAUCGGAUCGCGAAACGAGAAUAAGCGACCGUAUGUUGCUUCCGAGAGAAUCCCCACAGCAGCGCGCUAGCCUUUGAUUCUCAGACAGGUCAUCGAGAGAAAUUCGCUCUCGCACUGGUGUCUAUUCUAUGUUAAAUGAGCCAUGCCGGGUUUUUAUUGUUGCUGCGAUGACAUCCGUCUCUCUUUGAUGGUACUGACUGAAUUGUGUGAAGAGUUGCUAGUGAGCGUUCUUUGAUACGAUAAAAGCCAUCUUUUCUAGUAACAUCUAUAUUGGAAAAAAAUAAUUUUAACGUUCUGGGUAGAUCAUUGUGGAGACGGGACUUUUAUUAGAAGCUCAAUUCAUCGCAUACAAUACGACCAUGACGAUUUGAAACAGCAUAGGAAUCUAUGAAACCUUAAGACUUUUCAUUUAAAUUCAUUCUAUCAUUUGUGAAAAUAGUCCUAGUCAUCCCUGGGAAAUCUAUGUAAGUACAGUUUUAGAGUUUUUGGCCGCUACUAAGAAGAUUUUCCUUUUAGUCAGUCGUCACUUCUGAUAACGAAAUGAAAUUCUCAAUACUCAUCACCCUGUAUUUCCAGACCCGGAAGUUGGAUCUCGAUGAAAUUGAAUAGAAUCGUAAUAGGGACUACGAUUAGGACUCUUUAUUUGAAUAUAAGUUUAUUGAAAUUUGGAUCAGCGAUGUAAGUUAUAUUUUGAAAUUGUUGAUCGCUCUCUCUCUGGUGCUUCCGAAACCCUUUAUAUUUGGAUAAUCACAAAUAGACAGUAAGACAAAUAAUCACUCAAAUUUGCAUACUAGAAGAGCUUACUGAAUAGUUUAAAAGUAUUUGCUGCUUUUUUCAUCGUCACUUAUUUGAAACACAUUCUUGAAAUUAAAAGCUUCAACACUCGUCACUCUGGAAUUCCAUAACAAAAUGGUGAAUCCGGACUGUGGGAAAAUAUGAUAAGGGCAAAGUAAAAUUCGAUCUCUUCCCCGUAACACAUAGAACUUCUUGCUUUAAUCCCCCAUAUUUCCAUCCAAAAUGUUUGACUAUUUUUUUAAAUUUCAAAUUGCAUUCUAUGCGAUUUCGGAAUUUCUUUCUAUUUGUUUAGUAAUCAUGAAUCUGUGCUUCACUUGUAGCAUUUGAUGCAUAAAGAAUCAUCAGUAAGACGUUUUGAUUUUCAUCUGUGGGCCUCCUCCGAAACUAAAUCCUGGGUACGGGCCUGACCUUCAUUGUUCAUAUGUAUCAGUUUUUGAAUUGUAUUUUAGCUUUGCUGAAUUUUAUCAUUAAAAACAAAUUUUAUCCCGAUUGUUUUACGAAAAAGUGUUAGCGACAAUUAUUUUCCUUUUCUUUUUCUUGUAUCCAAUACACUGAAGUCUUUUUUUAUGCGAAUUUACGUACCGCAUAAAAAAAACCGCAUAACUCUGAAAAUUCGCAUAAAAAAACCGCAUAACUCUGAAAAUUCGCAUAAAAAAAGUCGCGUAAAAAAAACGCAUAAAAAAAGACCUCAGUGUAUUGUCGUGAAUACGACUUACUUUACUAUAUGGGGUGCCUUUUCAAAAUUUACCCUCUGAGAGAGUGAUAAGUUUUUGAUCGCGAAUAUCUCUUGUUGUAUCUAACGUAUCAAUAUAAUUUUUGCUACAUGUCAUCGGAAAUAUGAUCAUAAUUUUAUGAUAAAAUUUUCAGUUGUGUGACAUAAUCUUAAAUAAUCAAAAUUGCACUUUUCUGAAAUGUUUGGUACAAACGAGUAUCAAAGAGGAUAAUUCAUAUUGCGCCUUUACCUUUCUCGUAUUUUGAAAGCUUAUAGCUCAGUGAUCUGUGAAAGGAUUUAUAUAAUCUAACUACCAAUAGAAUCGAUUUUUUUCAACUUAAACGUGUAUAGCAAAAGCAUUGAAGUAUUUCAAUAGUACACUAUUGAAAAACCUGUCUUAUUUGACCCAUGUCAACACCAGCCAAUCAGAACGCGUUUUCAGGAAGAGAACAAAAUAUCUGCUGCUGUACAACAAAUCGUUCGAGAAAAAUGUACCGAAAAGUGUUGAAUAUCGUAGUGAGUUCCUCAAUUUGGUUCUUCCGAAUGCUAGAAACGAAUCCCUACAGCAUAUUGAUAGUUUCUUUCAAUAAAUUAUGCAAAUCCGAAAUGCAAUAAUCGACAUUAAAAUUCUGUAUGCGGCUAUUUUUAUAGCCGUUGGGACCGCUCAUUAGUGUAAAAAUCUACAAACGAAAUCACGUAAAAAGAAAGCUCUUAACAAAAAUUGGAUCAGUUUGGAUUCUAUCGCCACUGCGAGCAGAUGUAUUCUGUGUCGUUUGCAAAGCUAGUUUCGUCUCCGACAAGAGCGGUUACGUCACAACUGCCAGUCAUUUGCAUUGGCGAAAAAGCAACUGUGGAGAGCAUUACACAAAAUCAGCCGUUCUAAUGGCUCUGAAAGUUUUCUAAAAAACUAUGAGGAUUUCUUCUUCGCAAAUCGAACGUAAAAAACCUUAGUUUAGUGCAAAUCUAGAACAGUUUGAUUAGAUUUGUGCACUUUUCGCUGUGUGAAAUUCACAUUAAUCAAGAUCAAGUGAAGCCUUCUUUGUUUUUGCGAAAAAUGUGGAAAAGGGGAAUGCUUGCAAAAUUCAUACAAUUGAUCAACUAAUUGAUAUUCGGAGGUGUUAAGGAACAUGUCAGUUGUUUUCGUAUUCACGACAUCCAGUUAUGUCUCUGACAUUACCCACCCGCCUUUGUUUUCCUUCAAUUUGAUGGGAAUUCUAAAUUAAGGAAAUAGGCUAAAUCUCUUGACAAUUUUCUUUCCUUUUAAGGAAUUUGCUAACCGGAAUUCGCCCAAAUUUAUAAAGGUUUUAAAAUAAACUGUUUUACAAUUUAAUUUUCAUAAACUCGACUCUUUAACUAAACGGAUCUCCCGGAUACGAAAACAAUAGAAUCAACGCCAAAAUUUGUCCCGACGUUUUUGUUUCUUUCUUUCUCUCUCCAUCGAAAGCAAAAUCUGACAGCGAAAAGUUAAAUAACGUCAAAACCGAUUUCGAUCGUAGCAACCACCGGAGGCGCCAGAAAAGUGUCACUCGUUUACCUCUCUCUCUCUCCCAGAAACUCCAGCAUUUACCGCAUCUGGCGGCUUCUCUGGUGCACACAUGGUUUUUCGAGGCCGCAAAAUCUGUCGAUUCUGUGCGAUUGCGAAUGGAAAAUCGUCUGGAUUAUGCAUUGAACUGCGGGCGCCUGUACUUGGAUACUGCAGGGAUGCGACGCGCGCUUUUCGCUUACACGCUCUAUUACUCAUCAUCGUUGCCGGUGUUCGAGCAAUGUCUCCCCAGGGGGGCCUGAGCUACUUGGAUGAUAAAUUGCAUUUUCGGUUCGGUUGUUGUUGUUGUUGUAGUUAUUGCUAUUGUUGUUGCUGGGAACAAUGACGACGGCUGAUGCAGUCGAAUGAAAAAUUGAAUCCGAUGAUGAUGAUGGGGCCCAGUUUUACGAAGGCAUGGAGCGGCGGAAUUGAACUUUUUCGGAAGCUUCCAAAAAUGGCGAACAAAAGCCAUGAAUCAGGAUGUCACGCGGGAAAAGAAAAAAACAGCGGUUCUGUUGGAAUUGACUGCGGGCUUGUAAUAAAAGGGAAAAUGUUUUUGUUUUACUUUUACGUUAUUUUAGUCGGUCAUUGGUUUAUUAUGUGUGUGCCAUUUUAUCAUGUGUGUUUUUCGGGUACAAUCGGAUGAUUUUUUUUUUUAAUUGGUGAACAACAACGGCUGCCCGGCAGCAUGGUCUAAAUCGACCAGAUCAGUUGUACUGCCGGUGAAAUUAUAAAUUCAUGAAAAUGAAAAAUAUUUCUGUAAGGGAAAAGAAAACAAAUAUUCGCGACCCACGAGGUUAUUUAUUCAUUCACUUUCGUUGAUGGGAGCGUCAUCACGUUUUCAUAGGCUGCGAGAAAAAAACACACACACACAUGUGACUUUUUUCUCAGCCGAAAUCAAAGCAACGCCUGCUUUCUGAAUAUUAUGGCACUAGCCUAAAUUUAGUUUAAAUACCGAAGCCCGAGUAACAGUUUGUGAACACUACUUCAGUGCAGAAGUACGCCGGUGUCUUUAAAAGUAGGAUUGAAAUCAAAUUAAAAUUAAACACGAUGAUAAGCCAACACUUUACUGUCGACUAUUUGUUCUAUUGAAGCAAAAAAAAAGUGUCCAUUUAAUCAGAAAACAUAAUCCGGAUUCAUGCGAUAGAAACAAAUUAUGAAGGGACGGACGUUCGUUGGUCCGAUGCCGAAUCAUCGCCCAGCGGUUGCAUCGAUAAAAUUAUAAUUGCGGAAAUGCAACUCAUUACCAUUCCCUCUAUAGCUUCGGUGGAAAAUGAAAUGAAAAAUCCAAACAACAAACAAUUUGUUAACAAUAAUUCCGGAAUGACAGCCAACGAUAACAGCAGUGGUUAUUAAAUAUAUGUGUACUGUACAGUUAAGCCUUUAUUAAGCGACUGAUUAUUUUUUAAAAAACAUAUAUUUUAAUUGAGUGUCAAACACAGCAAAUAAAUUGAGUAAAACCCAAUCGAACUUUUCGAAAAUGCGAAGGAAAUAAACCUUCCAACGAUUUGCUGGCACGACCCUUGAAGUAGAAUAAGAUUUCUAUUGUGAUUAAUGCGUAGUUCAUUUAGAAACAAGAAUCAGUUCACGAUAGACGUAAUCACAAAUCGAAGAUAAUCUAAUAAAACUUCAAAACAUAACCAUAGUUAAAUGACUGUGUAUAAAGUUUAUAUCAUACUUCAAUAGAUUUAAAGCAAAUGAUUCGUAGGUAAUAUGACGGUUAAAGCUGGGAAACUAAAGCCAGUAUGGUAAAGUAAAAUCAUCUUGAAAUCACAAACCAAUCACACACACACACACAGGCUCUCUACAUACUAAUUAGGCGAAAUCAAAAAUAAAUAACUUAUACUACCCAUA